ACUAAAGACACAAACAAAUACUUCUCUCACUUCGAAAUGUGAGUGAGGUGAAAGAAUAUAAAGAUGAUCGAGAAAAACCAUACCUACAUAUGUAUAUACUUUUUCAAAUACUCAAUUAUAAACCUGUAGCAGAAAAAGCCCUCGAUCAACGUACUGAUAAAAAAGGCACCCAUUCUCAAUUAAGUGUUGUUCUGUUUAAGUUUUGCAAAUUUCAACGAAUUUGCUUAUUAAAGCUUAAUUAUUUUCUUAACAAAAUUUUUAAAACAAUUCUCUGUUUAAUAAUAUAACACACAUUAUUUGAACACACAGAUGUACACACAACAAAUAGAAUUUUUCUUCAUACAUAUGAAUAAUAAUUAUAAUUCUUAUAUGAAUAAAUAUAAAUACACUCAUAAAAGUUAUAAUUUCAACUGUCUAUAGUUAUUGUUAGAUACUUUUCGGUUUGGUUACGUUUUGAAGUGUUUUAUUGAUAAGAUAUAAACCAAUUAUUAAACAGAGAUAUCAACAACAAUAACAAAAAGUAAAUAAAAUAAAAUACAAUACAAUUCAAAGAGGAACCAACCAACACUCAAUAGUAUCAGUUAAAGUUUUCAAAUUGAUACUCAUAACGUUUUAAUAAACUGAACGGUUAACAACAUAAAACGGUUAAUUGAUUAAUAUAUUUAUAAGAGUAAAUGGUUUUAUUUAUAAGAUAAUUGAGACAUAAUUUCCGACAAAUAAAAAUCUUGUGCAUCCACUCACACAUACAAUUUCAUUUUAAAAAUAAUUUAAAAUUAAAGAAAUAGCAUUUCCAAAUUUGUAAAUAUGAAUACGAUUGAGGAAAGCACUGAAAUCUCCCAAACACAGGGAGACCAACUUAAUGGCACUACUUCAACGAUAACAACUAAAAAAAUUACCACUAGUUCUUCCAGUUCCCACAAUUCAACAACACCAGCGACAAACGGUGCUGCCUCACCAACAAAUGGUUCCCCUAACUCUCCUACCAAUGGCCUAAGCACUUCAUCAUCUGAUGAUUAUUUAGAAGAUUUGAAAAUCAUUGGUCAUCUCAAGAAUAUUGAGAAACUAAAUGAAAAACGUCGAAUCUUCUUAUCGAACUCCCUAACGUCCGAAUAUCAAAGUGAUGAAAAAACUGAAUCGCAAACAAAGAAAACCGAAAACGGUGAGACCGUUGGUGAUGUUCACUAUUCAGCGUAUAACGAAAAGAAAACUUUGUUGCAAGAACAAAAGAUCGACAACCAUAAGUCUGAAGUGGAAACGCCAUUAUUACAAAAAUAUGCAACUCUUCCACUAAAGACACCGCGUUCGCCUAUGACACCGCCACCUAAACCUCCCAUGCUAAGUCGUACACGUAGUAUUGGUGUAGGUGAUAGUCUAUCGAAUAAUUCCUCUCUAAAGUCUCCUCCUCCAACGCCAAAAUUUGCGCCACCACCAACGCCAACUUCAAGUUUUACAACUGCAACCACAACAACAACUAAUAUACAGAUACAACCAACUACAAGUACAAUUGUAACAACAUCCAAACUAGCUGAACCUGUAAAGGUUACCCGUAUUCAAUUGAACGAUACGGAUAAAGUUGAUGACACCAUGAAUACUGAAAGCGAUACGGUAGUUUUAAGAUCGAGUCUAAUGCCUGAAAAUAUGAAUGGACCUUCGAAUACAUCGUCUCCAUCUUCGAAGGAAAUAUCUGUUAAACAUUAUGAACGUCUCAUUGAAGAGCUUAAGUGUCCGGGCUGUGCGUAUCCUAUGAAAUCGCCAGUGUAUUUGUGUAAAACUGGUCACAGUGUUUGCGAUCAAUGUACAAGGAUUUUAUUGUUGUGUCCACUGUGUAAGGAAGGAUUUACCAAUAUAAGAUCUCUGACUGUAGAGGCUUUAUGCUCAAAGGCUCACUUUAAAUGUCAAAAUGCUUCGGGUGGUUGUACGGUGCGCUUACAGAUAGACUUAUUGUCUUGGCAUGAGAAACAAUGCAUUUACAAGCCCAUGAAAUGUUUUAUGGGUCGUGUUUGGGGUGAUUGCCAAUGGAAUGGACGAGAGGCAUUUUGGAAAGAUCAUUUAGAUGCAGAUCAUUCAAAUAAAGUUUUUACCAAAGAUACAGUGGAACUAGCAUGGGAUAUGACCGGCAAACAAAAGCCCUUGUCCGGUUACUAUGUUUUCCAGGUGUACAAUGAAAUGUUUAACUUCUAUGAGGUGUACGACAAGGAGAGAAUACUCUUUACAAUGACUUGCACUUCUACACAAAAAGAGAAAAAACAUCAAUUUGCCUUUGAGGUAACGUUGAUCAGUGAGGACAAUGAGGCUCUGUCUAUAACACAAAAAUUCCCUGUACACAGUGAAUAUGAUAAGGAUAUUUUAGCAGAAGGCACUUGCAUAAGUUUUCUUUUAACGGAUUUGGCAAAAUUCUUAGAUGAGGACCGGUUACUACAUUAUCGUGUGCGUGUUCUCGAAGUUAAAUCUCCUAGAAGAUCUCGUGCCUUACGUGCCAUCAGCCCAGAUAAUGGCAAUCAUCCUAUAGACUUUCAAUUAACACAAAUUCAGGGUGUAAAUUUAAAGAAUGUACCCUCAGACGUUAUACUUACUAGACGUCUCGAUGAUAUACCUUUUGCCGAUAAUACUUCCAUGGCGACCAGCACCGCCGAUGGCACAUCCGAAGACGAAAUGGAUAAAAUGAAACGUGAAUAUUAUAAAUCUUUAGAAGCCAAAAAGAAACGUGAUAGUGGCUCUGAUACAGAUCCAGAAUUUGAAGCUUUCAUUGCCAAAAAAUGGGGUACACCUCAGUUACAUUUUAAUCGUAAAUAUCUUAAACCUAACACCACUUCAAGUGAUGGUUCUUCGAGUGAAGAACAUCCAUUAUCGCCCAAAAGUCCUAACGAUGAUAAAAUCUCUAUAACAAGUGUCAGCUAUAAGAAACGUGUAUCGAAUACACUGCGUAAAAGUUUUCGUUCUUUAAAAACGGAUUUAAUCGAAAUGAAACCAUUUGGUAGAAAAGGUUCGCCGGAGAAAAGAAUCAAUGAGUGAAAAGACAUACGGAUUUUUAUUUCAAUAUUUGUUGUUAUUAUUAUUGUACGUUUGUAUUUUAUAAUUUAAGACUCUAAGCCAUGUAUUUAUAAUGUUUUAUUAAAACAAAUUUGAGAUCUUUAAGAAGUCAAGAAGCAAUAUUUUUUUCCAAUGAUUUUACGUUAAUAAAUGGUUGUUAAUAUAUAAAUAUUAUUAUAAAGAAU